CAUUUCAGCUUUGCCAUCAAUGUCUGAAGAAAUUACUUAUGCAGAUCUAAAAUUUCAGGACUCCAGUAAAAAGGAAAAUAUCCAUGAGUUUGAUGGAGUUGGGAUAAAAGCACCGCCUGCUCCUUUCCAUGGAUGGCGUCAGAGAGCCUUGGCUCUGACUCUUCUAUGUCUUCUGCUGCUGGUUGGACUAGGAAUCUUAGGAAGCAUAUUUUACACAACUUUGAAGAUAGAAACAGGAAAAUUGAAUAAAAUGCAAAAUUUCAAAGAAGAACUUCAGAAAAAUGUUUCUCUGCAACUGAUACAUAACAAGAAUAGUUCCAAAAUGAUCAGGGACCUGUCGAUCACACUGCAGGAAAUAGCCACCAAAUUAUGUCAUGAGCUGUAUAAAAGAGAACCAGAGCACAAAUGUAAACCUUGUCCAAAGGCAUGGAUGUGGCAUGAGGACAGCUGUUACACACUAAGUGACCAUUAUGAAACAUGGCAAAAGAGUGUCAUGUUCUGUUCUGCUCAAAAUGCCAGCCUGCUGACGAUUAAGAACAAAAGUGUGUUGGAAUUUAUAAAAUCCAAGAAAUUACGUAGUUACUGGCUGGGAUUAUCUAACAGAGAAUAUCAAGAUUACCAAAACCUGGAUGAGACAAUUAUCCCCUCCAACUGGCUUACACAAAGGAGAAAUGACGUAAAUGAUAGAAUGUUUUGUGGGUAUAUAAAUACACAAUAUGUUUACUAUGAAGACUGUACUUUCAGAAUGAAGUUUAUAUGCGAGAAGCUGGCUAAUCCAGUGGAGGUUAAGAGCACACUACUGAGUGAAAUACCAGAUGGAAAAUAUAGUUAGUGCAGGUAUUUCUCUAUUAUCCUGUGAUUCAGGCAACUUUAGGGAGCAUACAUCUUGCAGGUCACACAAAAGCAAUAAAGAAGCUGUGAGACUAAA